UGUGUCCUUUAGAUCCAUUUCAAUCGAUGAUCAUAUUAUAUAUAUACGUAUAGAAGCCAUGUGUAUUUUAAUCGUGAACGACGAUUUUAUCGAGUUCUCACAAAUUCUGUAAUGGAUAAUCUCUUGAUUUGUUUACAAUUAUUUUUGAGUGAAUAUUUUUGUACAGCUAUAUAAUGCAAAAAGUGCGCCGUGUUCUAUUAUUAUCACUCGAGUGAUGACACAGUCAAUCCGAUAAAAUUGAUGGCACCAUACCUAUGUGAUAAGAAGAUCAUCUAGAAACGAAUAAAUUAGUAUCAGCAGUCAAAUAAAAAUGUCUGAAAAACUUUCAAAUAAUCAACCACAGCCCAUUGUUAAAAUAGGCCAUUAUACAUUGGGCCAAACUUUAGGAGUAGGCACGUUUGGCAAAGUAAAAAUUGGAGAACAUGUUUUAACAAAGCACAAAGUUGCUGUGAAGAUCUUGAAUCGUCAAAAGAUCAAAAGCCUCGAUGUUGUAGGCAAAAUUCGCAGAGAAAUACAAAAUCUUAAACUCUUUAGACACCCUCACAUCAUCAAACUAUACCAGGUCAUAAGUACUCCUACAGACAUAUUCAUGAUAAUGGAAUAUGUUUCGGGUGGAGAGCUAUUUGAUUAUAUUGUUAAACAUGGCAAGCUUAAGGAAUACGAAGCACGGCGAUUUUUCCAACAAAUUAUAUCGGGCGUUGAUUAUUGCCAUCGGCAUAUGAUAGUUCAUCGCGAUUUAAAGCCGGAAAAUCUUCUAUUAGAUCACAAUCUUCAUGUGAAGAUCGCAGACUUUGGUCUGUCGAACAUGAUGAUGGAUGGUGAGUUCUUACGUACUUCAUGCGGCUCUCCGAAUUACGCUGCGCCAGAAGUUAUAUCCGGCAAAUUGUACGCUGGCCCCGAAGUAGAUAUUUGGUCCUGCGGUGUUAUAUUGUACGCGCUACUUUGCGGCACCUUACCAUUCGAUGAUGAACAUGUUCCUACUCUCUUUCGCAAAAUCAAAUCUGGUGUCUUUCCCAUUCCGGAAUAUUUGAAUAAAACUGUUGUUAGCCUCUUAUGCCACAUGUUACAAGUCGAUCCAAUGAAAAGAGCAACUAUCGAAGAUAUAAAGAAACAUGAAUGGUUCCAAAAAGAUUUACCAUCGUACUUAUUCCCGUCGCCUGUAGAGCAAGAUUCAUCCGUCAUUGAUAUAGAUGCCGUGAACGAAGUGUGCGAGAAGUUUAAUGUUAAAGAACCGGAAGUGCAUUCCGCGCUGUUGGGCGGCGAUCCGCAUGAUCAGUUGGCAAUCGCUUAUCACUUAAUCAUAGACAAUAAGAGAAUUGCGGAUGAAGCCGCGAAGGCGGAAUUGAAAGAUUUUUAUGUGGCGUCUAGCCCUCCACCGGUCACGUUCAGCCCGAACGAUGCGAACAACAGUCCAUUGAGGCCUCAUCCAGAAAGAAUAGCACCAUAUCGUGAACGUCAAGGUUCGCAGAGUAGCGUACCUGCGCAAAUGCCAGGUAAUCGCGGCACACCUGUAAAAAGAGCGAAAUGGCACUUGGGAAUUAGAUCACAGUCGAAACCGACCGACAUUAUGAAUGAAGUUUAUCGCGCCAUGAAGGCGCUUAACUUUGAAUGGAAGAUCAUAAAUGCAUACAGUGUUAGAGUACGGCACAAAAAUCAGUUAACCGACAGGUAUAGCAAAAUGUCGCUACAAUUGUAUCAAGUUGAUUAUAAGAGUUAUUUACUGGACUUCAAGUCUUUAUCGAGCGAAGAGGAUGAUAUUGGACGUGAUCCAACAUUACCGCCUCCGCAAGCAACGGGCCAUCAUACUAUGGAAUUUUUUGAAAUGUGCGCGGCAUUAAUUACACAAUUAGCGCGAUAACACGUUUGUUUUUUGAAAUUUAUGUUAAAUCUUGUUGCUUUUAAAAUUGUACAGUACGAAAUAAACACAGGUUAUUGUAAAAUCCA